AAGGCAUACGAAUAACCACCCAAACGGUCACACGCCAAGCACGCGCACACUAGGGACAGGGACUGAGCUACCCUGGAACCGAUGUUUAACAGCUUUUUUCCGGGUUCAGGAGCCGCGACCGACGGAGGCCCUACGUCCUCGUCGGAUAGUGUGCUCGUCGUUCGCCGGCAAGAAGAUAUAUAGCCAGUCCAAGUCGGACUGGAGGAGAUCCUGACAAUGACCACUUUUCACCCUUCCCGCUCAGUCACACCCGCUCACCCUCCCUCGUCAUCUCGACUACACAUCUUCCAAGGCUCCUCCACCGCCCUCUCCCUUCUUACACCUUGAGCUCGACCUACAACCCGACGAAACCUACUUCUACCUCCAUCACCUCGAUCAACUCUCACCAUGUUCGCCUCUCUCCGAAUCCAACUCGUCUGCUUCCUUCUUUUCGCCUUGACUUUGGUCUCGGCCAAGAACGACUUGUACGACAUCGACCUCGACGACGGGACCACCUUCACCCCGGCCGUCCACAAGCUCGUGGCUCGUCAAUCGACUGGGACUACCCUCUGUUCUCCCUUCACUGUCAACCUUGUUCAGAACGGUGUGACUACGGGAAACAUCCGUCCUAGAACUUGUUACUGUAACUACCAGGGUACCUUGACUCCUGCUACCGUCACCGACAUCAACAACGCGUUCGCCACCACCUCAACCCAGAUCAACCAGACCAACUUCAACUCAUACCUUACGACCAACGGUUUCACCCGAGCUCAAGGUAUCACCAAUAUCAAGAACAGUCUCCAGAGCGGUUUGAACUCCAGGACCACGACUUGCGUCUACGGAGCUGGUGCCGUUCCGAACUCGUGUGAUGCCUGUUCUUUCACCUGCUCUUCCACCUCGACCAAGCCAUGUGGUACCGCCUGUAUCGCCUCUACCUCCACCUGCGCUUCGGGUCUCGCUCAGAAGCGUGACUUCGAUCGACGAAGGUGUCCCUCUGGCUACGAAGUCUGCGAGACUGGAUACAGGGGUCUGACUGGCAAGACCGGUGGAUGGGAGUGCGUCAACACUCAGGCCGACCUUGAGUCUUGUGGGGGAUGUCAGAACCCUAUGGAAGGUCGAUCCGCCGGAGUCGAUUGUACCGCCAUCGUCGGGAUGGCCGGUGUCGCCUGUGUCUCUGGCGUCUGCGAGGUCAGCUCGUGCAUCAAGGGAUACAAGCUCGAGAACAAUGCUUGUGUCCCCGUCACUCGAUCGGCUUCCUCCGCCGCUGCCUCUUCAGCUUCGGCCCUCGCUGCCAAACGAGCCGCCUCUGCCGAUGUCGACGAGCGUGACUUCAUUCCCGGAGUUCCCGCUUCCAUCGGCAUCGAGAAGCGAUACACCGAGGAGUCCAAGCCUACCGAAAAGGGUAAACACAAGGUCUGGCACAAGCGGGCCAAGCAGCCUACCAAGAACCAACGACGACGAUAGAUGGGCGAGCGCGCUUCCGAACGCCUUCCAUCCAGACUCGACUUUCUCUUGAUUCCGCUCAACGACAACCUGCUGUAUCAAAACCUCCCAAGGCGAUGGACAACCACGACCACCAUAGAUGCGACAUCACCACCCUCGGACUCGUUCACAUAGACUCUCGCACAAGCUUUGCCCUUGGCGCAACACAUAAUCGAGGAUAGACCUCUCUAAUCCGUUGUAAUCAUCCUCUAGGUAGCAUGCCUGCUCUCUGCUCUUCCGGUUCAUCGUAGCUGCUCUACGCUCUUGACCAGGCAGUAUGAAGGCAUCAAUCCAUAUUAUUUAAUGUCAUUUACGAUCGA